CUUAUAACCCUCCCACUUCUUAUUUUUUUUAUAUAAUAAACCCUUCUUCUUAUAAAUAUGACUCAAUUCCUUGAUGCUUCUGUUGCUAAUGCCACUUUGGCUGAAUAUGGUCGUCGCGACGGUCUCUCUGUUGAGGCUUUGAUGGACGAACAAUUAAGUGGUGGUUUGACCUACAAUGAUUUCUUGAUCUUGCCUGGUUUCAUCAACUUCUCUGCUGAUAAGACCAGUUUGGAAUCCAAGAUUACUAAGAACAUUACACUCAAGACUCCUUUCUUGUCUUCUCCUAUGGAUACCGUAACUGAAGCUGAGAUGGCUAUUUCUAUGGCACUUUUGGGUGGUAUCGGUAUCAUUCACCACAACUGUACUGCUGAAGAACAAGCCAACAUGGUUCGUACUGUCAAGAAGUUCGAAAACGGUUUCAUUAAUGAUCCUGUUGUCUUGUCUCCUGAACACACUGUUGGUGAUAUCAAGGAAAUCAAGGCUAACUCUGGUUUCUGUGGUAUUCCCAUUACUGAAAACGGCAAGUUACAUAGCAAGUUGGUUGGUAUUGUUACUGCUCGUGACAUUCAAUUCCACAAGGAUGACUCUACUCCUGUCAAGGAAGUCAUGUCUACUGACCUCGUUGUUGGUCAAGAAGGUAUUACUCUUGCCGAAGCCAACGAAAUCUUGUGUUCUUCCAAGAAGGGUAAGCUCCCUAUUGUCAAUGCUGACGGUGCUCUUGUCGCUCUCUUGUCUCGUUCCGAUUUGCUCAAGAACCAAAACUACCCUAAUGCCUCUAAGGUUGCCAAGUCCAAGCAACUCCUUGUGGGUGCUGCUAUCGGUACUCGUCCUGAUGACAAGGACCGUUUGGCUCUCUUGGCCGAAGCCGGUCUUGAUGUUGUUGUCCUUGACUCUUCUCAAGGUAACUCUGUCUACCAAAUCGAAAUGAUUCAAUGGAUCAAGAAGAACUUUAAGGAAUUAGAAGUCAUUGCUGGUAAUGUUGUUACUCGUGAACAAGCUGCCAACUUGAUCCAAGCUGGUGCUGAUGGUCUUCGUAUCGGUAUGGGUUCUGGUUCUAUCUGUAUCACUCAAGAAGUUAUGGCCUGUGGUCGUCCUCAAGCGACUGCUGUCUACCGUGUCUCUGAAUUUGCUCGUCGCUUCGGUGUGCCUACUAUUGCUGAUGGUGGUAUCUCCAACGUAGGUCAUAUUAUCAAGGCUUUGGCUUUGGGUGCCAGUGCUGUCAUGAUGGGUGGUCUCUUGGCCGGUACAACUGAAACUCCCGGUGAAUACUUUUAUCACGAAGGCCAACGUCUUAAGCGUUACCGUGGUAUGGGUUCUAUUGAUGCCAUGUCUCAAAAGUCUGGUGGUAAGGACGGUAAUGCUGCCACAAAGCGUUACUUCUCUGAAGGUGAUGCUGUUAAGGUGGCUCAAGGUGUUGUUGGUAACGUGGUCGAUAAAGGUUCUGUCCGCAAGUUCAUUCAAUACCUCGUGACUGGUGUUCAACACUCCCUUCAAGACAUUGGUCAAUCCAGUGUUGCUGACAUGAAGCAAGCUGUUUAUGACGGUGUUGUUCGUUUUGAAAAGAGAACUGCUGCUGCUCAAAUGGAAGGUGGUGUUCAUGGUCUUCACUCUUUUGAAAAGAAGCUCUUCUCUUCUUAAAUUUCAUGCAUUUUUAUUUUAUAUUUUAUUUUAUUCAAUUCAUUCUACACAUAACAUUCAUUUCGUCUACUAGAUAUAACAAUAAAUUUUUGACAGUGCGCAAAAAAAAAAA